GUAUCCCGUUCUCUGCCCUCCCUUCCCGACCACCAUGGCGUCCGCGAUGAAGGACCACUCCAUGAAGGCGACCAUGCCCUCCUACACGUCGGGGCCCACCCACCGCGUCCCCUCCUCGUCUUUCCUCGCGUCCUCGUCCGGCUCUGCCACCUGGCUCUACACGACGCUCGCGAUCGUCCUUGCGCUGCUCGUACUGGAACAGUCCGUGUGGAGAUACAAGAAGCGUCAUUUGCCUGGCGACAAAUGGACGAUCCCUCUUAUUGGCAAGUUCGCCGAUUCAAUGAAACCUACGAUGGAAAACUAUAUGAAGCAGUGGAACUCGGGCGCUCUCAGCGCUGUCAGCGUAUUCAAUAUCUUCAUCGUGAUGGCAUCUACGAAUGAGUUCGCGCGCAAGAUUCUCAAUUCGCCCACCCAUGCCGAGCCGUGCCUUGUGCACUCCGCGAAACAGGUCCUCCGCCCCGAUAACUGGGUCUUCCUGACCGGAAGGGCACAUGUCGAGUAUCGCCGAGUGCUCAACUCGCUCUUCACCCGCAAGGCGCUCGGCGUGUACGUUCACAUUCAGGAUGUGAUCACGCGCAAGUACUUCGCGGAGUGGCUUGCGGACGCCGCGAAGGACCCGGCCCCGAAGCCCAUUAUGAUGAAGGCGCGCGACCUCAACAUGGACACGUCGCUGCGUGUGUUCUGUGGCAAGCACAUUCCCGACCACGCCGCGAAGGAGAUCACGGACAAGUACUGGGCCAUCACCAUCGCGCUCGAGCUCGUCAACUUCCCGCUCGCAAUCCCCGGUACGAAGGUGUACCGCGCAAUCCAGGCGCGCAAGAUCGCCAUGGAGUGGCUCGAGCGUGCGGCGGCGGAGAGCAAGAAGGCGAUGGCGGCGGGCGGCGAACCCGAGUGCCUUCUCGACCAGUGGGUGCACGACCUGCAGGACCCGGAGUACAAGGGCCGGCGCGACUUUAGCAACCUCGAGAUGGCAAUGGUCGUGUUCUCAUUCCUGUUCGCGAGCCAGGACGCGAUGAGCAGCGGGCUGAUCUACGGGCUCCAGCACCUUGCGGACCAUCCCGAGGUGCUUGCAAAGGUGCGCGAGGAGCAGGAGCGCGUGCGCGCGGGCGACUACGAGAAGCCGAUCACCCUCGAGAUGAUGGACGAUAUGCCGUAUCUUCGUGCAGUGGUCAAGGAGAGCAUGCGCGUGAAGCCGCCCGUGACGAUGGUUCCGUAUAAAACGACGAAGGCGUUCCCGAUCUCGGACGACUACACCGUCCCUGCGAACAGCAUGGUCAUCCCGUCAUUCUACAACUCUCUGCACGACCCCGUGGUGUUCCCAGAGCCGGAAGCCUUCCUGCCUGAGCGCUGGCUGGAUCCUGAGGGCAGUGCGAACCAGAAUCCGCGCAACUACCUUGUGUUUGGCAGUGGCCCGCACAAGUGCAUCGGUCUUGAGUACGCCAUGAUGAAUAUCGGUCUCGUCCUUGCCGAUGCCGCCGUUCUCAUGAACUGGGAGCACGUUCGCACCCCGGAGAGCGACAAGGUUCAGAUUAUCGCGACGCUGUUCCCUCAAGAUGGACUCCUGCUGAAGCUCAGUCCCCGUCAAUGAUUGCAGAGACAAUUCGAGCUGUUUAUCGUAUCACCCACUAUUAGUUUCAUCCCGCUCUGAGCAUAUGGGGGGUCCGGCAGUAUACCCCUCCUUCAUUAAUUUCUUGUCAUGCUUUAGCUGUGUAAUG